AUCCAGCCUAAUACUCGUCAGCUUUUAUCCUAGUUCUCCCUACAUUAAGGGUGCAGGCGUGCACUUUCGUCUUGCGCCUUUUCCUCCCAGAUCUGCGUUCUACGCAUUGAAACAGCUUUGAUCCAGCCAUCUACUACCAAUACACUGUCGUUCCUACAUCACCACACGAUAACAUCCACCGACAUUCACUGAUCGAGAUGGCAAUCCCAGAGUGGCGCCGUAAUGUUGGAGCUAGGUUCAAGCCGGAGCCCGCGCCCAAACCCGCACCCUAUCUCGUUUCCCCAUGCGAUGCAGCUGUUGGUCUCGUUGCUACCUAUCGCAACAGUAACGUCCCAUCCGACUCGAUCGUGGAGAAACAACCCCACAUCAACCCGGAGGCGGGAAAUCAUCCGGUGGCCAUUGUUGGUCUGAAGUCCAACAACAGGUUCGCAAACGUCUGUCUUUUCAGUAGCUUCGCUGGGGAGAAGUUCACAGACAAGUACUGGAACGAAGCCAACGUCCACAGAAGGUUGUGGCAUGCCUUCUACCACGACGACAAGACCGAAAAGCACAACGACUGUGAGGUUCUGCGGCUGGAGGGGAAUCGGCGGAUGAUGAAGCAGAGCUGGCUACACAUCGACCAGUUCUUCGAGAUCGAGACGAAGUAUCUGGAGGUUCUCGAGUGCAACCAGCUGAGACUCGAUAAGCAGUCGAUUGGAGUCGUUCGUGACCGUCUCCGCAAGUUCGUCUCAGCCUCAGGCGAACUGCCGUACCCUCCCAGGGCCAAGGCACAACGGUGGGACGGCCAAUUGAUCGACAUUGUGUCACCAGUCGACAUUGAGGACAAUGUCGACUUCCCAAAGAUCAGGUGCUACAAGCCCUGGAACCAGGAGUUCACCUGGUACGAACUUGGCAUCGACGAGCCGGUUGUGUUGACGUGGCCGCGGGAUGACUCGGCAAUCGAUCUGUCGUCUGUGCCAUCGUCACCGUCACCAUCACCAGCGCCGCUACCGCCAUCAGCUGCUGCCGCUCCGGUAGCUUCACAGAUAGUAACGGGGAGAUACAUCCCUCCCCACCGGCGCAAUCCUCAGACCUAUGCGCCCCGCUGAAGCCGCCAUGC